CCCGAGAGGAAGCCAGACGUCCCGCCUCCCCGCAUCUCCCCUCCCAUUGGCUCCGCUUCCCUUCGCCCGGCGAGGAUCGGCGCUGGAUCCCUCGGAAGAGGCUUCCGGGUACCGCUCGGAGCAGGUGGGGCCGUUCUCCCUCCGGUCUCCAAGCCGCCGCUCCAGCCAGGAGAUCUUCUGCCCCCCAGGAGGAAGGGAGCUGCGGAUCCCGCUCUUCGGCUCGCAGGCUUUUCCUCGGGGAAAUCCGGCUCUGGCUUUGCCUGCAAGGAGUGGAUCCCUCCCUUCCCUGCAAGGGAAACAAGGGGGCUCCGUCCCCGGGCUGGAUCUUUUUCCUCCUCGCCCGGCCAAGACUCCCCUUGGGGGAUCCGGGAAGCAGCUUUGGGAGACCAGUGAGGAUGUGGCUGUGAACCCCACAAAGGAGAAAGUUCCUGGAUUGCGAUCCACCAACCUUUGGCCAGGACUCCGUUCUAGAGAAUUCGGAAAUUGUGGCCUGGAUGAAGAAGCGGCUUCCUGCACAAAAAUGGCCAAUAGAUUAAGGAGAAGCCAAACCGGUCAGCAGUGAGGGUCAUACCUGGCCUUGGCCCAGAGACCUCUUCAUGGUAACUUUAAAAGAACACAACUGUGACCAAAGCUUCACCUGCAAGACAACUGUCAACAGAUAGUAGAAAACAAGCACAAGGCAGCCACCGCCAGGAAAGCAUGGAGGGUGAGAAUCUCUUGGAUCCCCCAUCAGACACAAGAAGCACUUCAAAAACGGCCAAAAGAACCCAUGAAUGCUCAGAGUGUGGGGAAUCCUUUGCUAGCAGGUCCCUCCUUUUGACCCACAGGAAGGUCCAUGUGGGAAGUGGAUCCAGUCAAGGUUUGGAGGGCGAGAAAUCCUUCUCUGGAAAAGACACCAAGGAGAGAAUCCACACAGGGGAGAAACCGUACAAAUGUGGGGAGUGUGGGAAAUGCUUUCCCCAAAAAAACACACUUGGAAGGCAUCAAAUGUUCCACACGGGAGAAAAGCCAUACAGAUGCGAAGAAUGUGGAAAAUGCUUUGUAGACAAGCGAGGACUUUUGCGUCAUCAUAAAACCCACACAGGGGAGAAGCCAUAUCAGUGCAACAACUGUGGAAGAUUUUAUCGUACCUCAUCAGCCCUUAGAAGUCAUGAAAAAACUCACACAGGGGAAAAAAACUACAAAUGUUUAGACUGUGGGAGACAAUUUGCUGGGUCAUCUGCCCUUAGAGUUCACAGCCGAAUCCAUACAGGAGAGAAACCUUACAAAUGCUCAGAGUGUGAUAAUAGUUUUCCACGGAGAGAUUCUCUUGUGAUGCAUCAAGAAAUCCACACUGGACAGAAAGCUUAUCAAUGCCUGGAAUGUGGGAAAUGUUUCCGUAGAAAAUCCACUCUCAGAAACCACGAGAGAAUCCACACAGGGGAGAAACCUUACAAGUGUUGGGAAUGUGGGAAGAGCUUUUCUCGGAAGUCAACUCUUUCGUCCCAUGAGAAGAUGCAUGCAGGAAUAAAGCCUUACAAAUGCUUUGAGUGUGGAAAAGGUUUCACCCAGAGUUCAGGUCUUCGGAGUCAUGUGAAAACACACAGAAGGGAGAAAAAGGAAAAGUGCCUCGAAUGUGGGAAAAGUUUUACCUCGAAAUCAACCCUGUUGCAACAUCAGAAACUUCACACUGGAGAGAGACCCUAUGAAUGCCCAGAAUGUGAGAAACGAUUUGUGGAUCCUUAUCAACUUCAGACACACCAGAAGAGGCAUCAAGGGGACCUUCCCCAUAAAUGUGGGGAGUGUGGGAAAAGUUUUAUUUCGCCAUCCCAAGUUCAGAUUCAUCAGAGAAUCCACACGGGGGAGAAACCCUUCAAAUGUGGGGAAUGUGGAAAAUGCUUUGCUCAAAAAACAAAUCUUGGAACGCAUCAAAGGUUACACACAGGAGAAAAGCCCUACAGAUGCGAAGAAUGUGGAAAAUGCUUUGCAGAGAAGCGAGGCCUUUUGGGUCAUCACAAAACCCACACAGGGGAGAAGCCAUAUCAAUGCAACGACUGUGGAAGAUUUUAUAGUACCUCAUCAGCCCUUAAAAGUCAUGAGAAAACUCACACAGGGGAAAAAAGCUACAAAUGUUUAGACUGUGGGAAAGCAUUUGCUCAUUCAUGUUCCCUUAGAAGUCAUAGCCGAAUCCAUACAGGAGAGAAACCUUACAAAUGCUCAGAGUGUGAUAAUAGUUUUGCUCGGAGAGAUUCUCUUGUGAUGCAUCAACGAAUCCACACUGGAGAAAAACCAUAUAAAUGUCUGGAGUGUGGGAAAUGUUUUGCCCAUUCUUCAACCUUUCGCAUUCACACCCGAAGUCACACAGGAGAGUAGCCUCACAAGUGCACAGAGUGUGAGAAAGCUUUUCGUAGUAAAGGAAAGCUUAAAAAGCACCAAAAAGUCCAUAGCAGAGAUAAAUCUCUUCAGUUGUGAACAAUGUUGGGAACACUUUUCCCCCCCAACAUUAAGUCACAUCUUAACAUCUUAAGUUGCUACAGUCGUAAGUCAAGGAACCAGAUACUUCCAUUAAUUUUUACUAGGCUUUGUUGAUCAAUGGGGAGGACUGAAAAUUUAGAGAGGGGAAAAUGGGGUGAAGGGGGGAAUGAAUCUGGUGGUUUAUUUAGUGAUAAUAGUUUUGUUGUUGAAUCUGCUGGCUGAGGAUGAAAAGGGAAACUUUUCUUUUUCCUAUUAUCUUUUUGGGCGGGAUUUUUUCGCUUUUUUCAUUGUCUUUCUCCUAUAUUCACACACAAAUAUUUGUAUUAACUUUCUUUCCGUGCAUAUAAUCCUUAAUAAAAGUAUUGUUCAAAAUAA